CAAAUGUAAAUGGAAAAUCUGAAAUGUUCAUAACUUAGGGUUUGAGUGAAGAUUUUCCUUACAUGAUUGUUUAAAUGUUGUUAUCAAGGAACCUAUACAAACAUAUAGGUCCCUGUGAGUGUGUUAUCACACUGCCACUAUCUUUUAAACCUGCAUGAGUUCACUACAAAGUAUGGCAACUUUAAGCUACGACCUUGACAUAGUGUCUGCAUUCUGUGUCUUGUUUUGUUUGUUUCAACAGUGCGCGUUGAACUAGAAAGAAAUUCAUAUCACAUGGAUUAAGUGCAAGAGAACUUUUAAAAAAACUGUAAAUUCGUUACCAUGAGAUUCCGACUGCAAACCCUGCCUUUUGGACUAUGGCUGCAUCAAUUGCAAGCAUGCAAAACAAGGAAUUGUUCAAUUCUUGUCAGAACAAAUCAAAUGUGUUACACAAACAAUUUAAUGCGUCCUGGAUGUAAUGGAUAUAAUGCAUCAAAGUUCAUUCAACCCUGUUUGAAACAAUCCAGUAGAAAGCUUAGUAAUGGAUCUUCAGUUGUGGCUCCAGUCUUUUUUCAAGCUGAACGAUUAAAAGAUAACACUGAUCUUACAACGCAGCAUGGAACAUAUACAUACAAGGAUUUACUUCAUUACAGUGUCAACUUUGCUAAGGAGCUAACAGUUGCAAGUAAAACCGAUGGUAGAAAAACCUUAAAAGACUCAGAGUUUCCUCUUGAAGGGAAGAGAAUUGCAUUUCUGUGCGAAAACGAUCUGUCCUAUGUCGUGGCUCAGUGGGCCAUAUGGAUGUGAAAGGCUAUUGCUGUACCCCUCUUCAAGUCACACCCAGUGGCAGAGCUGCAGUAUUUCUGUAAAGACUCUACCGUCUGCAUGCUUGUAGGAACUGCAGCCUUCAGGGAUAAACUGGCUCCUAUUUCCUCACAACUGGGGCGCCCCCUGUUGGAGAUGGGGGAAGACGACUACUCAGGAGAUUAUUCUGAGCUGAAUGGAAACUUGAAGGAAAUGUUCAGUGGCCUGAAAGAUGGGCUUGGGAAAAAUGAGUACAAGAACAGGAAAGCCAUGAUAAUUUAUACCAGCGGUACAACUGGUAGACCAAAGGGUGUUGUUAUGACAUUUGGCAACCUGGAUGCCCAGAAGCGAGAUAUGGUGCAGGCUUGGGGUUGGUCCCAAUCAGACAGCAUUCUGCACGUGCUUCCCCUGCACCAUGUGCAUGGGGUGGUCAAUGUGCUGAUGACACCUCUGUAUGUGGGCGAAAAGUGUACCAUGCUGCCCAAGUUUGAUGCCAAACAGACAUGGCAAGCACUGUUAUCAGAUGCUUCGAAUGUGAAUAUUUUUAUGGCAGUUCCCACCAUUUACUCCAAGCUGAUACAGGAAUAUGAACGCAAGCAUGACAGUCAAUCUUCCUAUCUGCCAUCUGACCUGCCAAGCAUUCUUAAACAGAAAUUCAGGUUGAUGGUGAGUGGAUCUGCUGCCCUGCCCCAGCCUGUCAUGGAGAGGUGGGCUGGCCUGACAGGACACAUCCUGCUGGAGAGAUACGGCAUGACAGAGAUAGGCAUGGCACUGACCAACCCUCUCCAUGGAAACAGGAUUCCUGGAGCUGUUGGUCUGCUGUUCCCAGGAGUGUCAGCAAGGAUUGUAGAGCACCGUGACAACUGUAACCAUGGUGAUGUGCUCGUGUCUGCAGACGCUAAAAAGGUCAUUGUUACGAAAGGAGCUGUUGGUCUGCUGUUCCCAGGAGUGUCAGCAAGGAUUGUAGAGCACCGUGACAACUGUAACCAUGGUGAUGUGCUCGUGUCUGCAGACGCUAAAAAGGUCAUUGUUACGAAAGGCAAGGAGGGGAUGUCUGGAGAGCUGCUUAUCAAGGGAGAUAAUGUUUUCACCGAGUACUGGAAUAGACCAUCAGCCACUGCAGAGGCAUUCACAGACGAUGGCUGGUUCAAGACUGGGCGUACCUCGGUUGAUGAUAUCAAGAGCGCAGGCUACAAGAUCAGUACACUUGAUGUGAAGCGCCACCUGCUGGCUCACCCAGACAUACAGGAUGUGGCGGUCAUAGGUUUACCAGACAUGACAUAUGGCCAGCUCUUGACAGCUGUCUUGGUAACCAAGUCAGGUGCGUCCUUGACAACCAAUGACCUUCAGAUUUGGGCCAAGGACAAAAUGGUUCCCUACCAUAUUCCAAGAAAGGUCACAUGCUUUAAAGACAUGCCCAGAAAUGCAAUGGGCAAAGUCAACAAGAAACAGCUGGCCAAAGAUGUGUGUCCUGAUAGUGUCUGAUUUGGUUUUUAACAAAACUUGGUGUUUUAAACAAUGCAUAAUGACAUAGUUGUACUGUACUAUAAAUUUUUAGCUCAUCUAUUUUUUGAAUAAAAAUGAUGAGCUAUUGUCAUCACCUUGGCGUAGGCGUCUGCGUCUGCGUCCGGUUAAGUCUUGCGUUUUGGUCCACUUUUCUCAUAAAGUAUCUAUGCUAUUGCAUUCAAACUUGGUACACUUUCUUACUAUCAUGAGUGGACUGGGCAGGUAAAGUAAGAUAACUCUGGCGUGCAUUUUGCCAGAAUUAUGUGCCCUUUUUAUACUAAGAAAAUUGAAAAUUUUGGUUAAGUUUUGUGUUUAGGUCCAUAUCAUUCCUUAAGUGUCAAAGCUAUUGCUUUCAUACUUGCAACACUUACUAACUAUCAUAAGGGGACUGUGCAGGCAAAGUUAUGAAACUCUGACUGGCGUUUCGACAGAAUUAUGUGCCCUUUUUUAUACUUAAAAAAUUGAAAAAUUGGUUAAGUUUUGUGUUUAGGUCCACUUUAUUCCUAAAGUUUCAAAGCUAUUGCUUUUAUACCUGCAACACUUACUUACUGUCAUAAGGGGACUGUGCAGGCAAAGUAAUGUAACUCUGACUGGCAUUUUGACGGAAUUAUGGGCCCUUUAUACUUAGAACAUUGAAAAUUUGGUUAAGUUUUGUGUUUUGGUCCACUUUACCCCUAAAGUAUCAUAGAUAUUGCUUUCAUACUUUGAACACUCGCAAACUAUCAUAAGGAGACAGUAAGAGGACAAGUUGCAUUACUCUGGUUGUCAUUUGUACAGACUUAUGGCUCUUUUUUGACUUAGUAACUUUGAAUAUAUGGUUAAAUUUUGUGUUUAGAUCCACUUUACUUCUAAAGUAUCAAGGCUAUUGCUUUCAAACUUCAAAUACUUUCAUGCUAUCAUGAGGGUACUGUACCUUGCAAGUUGAAUUUUACCUGACCUUUGAAUGACCUUGACUCUCAAGGUAAAAUUAUUAACUUUUGCUAAAAUUGCCAUAACUUCUUUAUUUAUGAUUAGAUUUGAUUGAUACUUUGACAAAACAACUCUUACCUGACAUACCACAAUAGACCCCACCCAAACCAUCCCCACGCCCCCCGAACCCCCCUUUUUUUUUAAAGAUCAUCUAAUAAAUGACCACCACACCCUCACACUACACCCCGCCCCAUCCCCCCAACCCCCAAUUUUUUUGUUGUUUUUUUGAAACAUGUUUUUUCUCAUUUUAUUUUCAUUUUUGGAAGAUAAUGUAAUAAAUGACCACACCCCCACACUAAACACCCUCUCCACUCCACCCCUCCCUCCUUUGUGAUUGAAAUUGAGAUAGGUCCCUUCACCUUUAAAAAGAAAAAUAGAUGAGCGGUCUGCACCCGCAAGGCGGUGCUCUUGUAUAUAACAUUACUAUAAUAAUUACUAUUGAAAAACUAAUAGAUGCUUGUCAUAAAAUGAAUAUUUAUUUGAUUUUUUCUGUAGUAAAAAUUUAAAGAAUCCAUUAAAAAAUGAAUGAGA